AUGCUGCUUUCGGGGGGCGUGGACUCGUCGGUGGCGAUGAGGCUUCUCCUAGACCAAGGGUACAAGAUCCGGGCGUUUUACCUCAAGAUCUGGCUGGAGGACGAGCUUGCUCACCUCAAUGAGUGCCCGUGGGAGGAAGACCUGGCUUACGCCACGGCGGUGUGCGAGCAGGCGGGCGUCCCCCUGGAAGUCGUCCCGCUGCAGAGGGAGUACUGGGACCAGGUAGUGUCGUACACGGUGAGGGAGGCCCGCGAGGGGCGCACGCCCAACCCGGACGUCAUGUGCAACAGCAGGAUCAAGUUCGGCAUGUUCUACGACCACGUCGGGAAACACUUCCGGCACGUCGCCACCGGGCACUACGCCAGGCUCGAGCACUCGGGCGGCAGCGACGACGCCAAUGCUACCCCUAGCGAUCGCAGUGCAGCGGCAGCUGCAGCUGCAGCGGGAACGGAAGAGCCUCCGGUAAGGGUAGCCGCCGGCAGUGACCGGGGGCGGGUCCGACUGCUCCUAAGCCCCGACGCCGUCAAGGACCAGACGUACUUCCUGUGCGCGCUGACCCAGGACCAGCUGCGGAAGGCGCUGUUCCCGCUCGGGGUGUACACCAAGGACCAGAUCCGGGAGCUGGCCGAGAGCUACGACCUUCCCACCAAGCACCGGAAAGACUCGCAGGGCAUUUGCUUCCUCGGCAAGCUCAAGUUCGACGAGUUCCUGCAGCACUACCUGGGCACCUCUCCCGGCGCGAUCGUCGACCAGACCGGGCGGCACAUCGGCGAGCACAAGGGGCUCUGGUUCCACACCAUCGGCCAGCGCAAGGGCGUCGGCCCGGGCCUCGUGCCCGGCGUGGUGAACCUCGGCCCGUGGUACGUCGCCGACAAGGACAUGGAGCGCAACGUGCUCGUGGUGACGAACGACCGCGAGGCUAUCGCGAGCCCGAGGGAGGUCUUCAGGGUGGAGGCACUUCAGUGGAUCUCCGGGAGACCCCCCGCCGAGCUCGCGCGGGACAGGUCCAUGCGCUUGCGGGUGAAGACUCGUCACGGCCCGCAGAUGAGAGACUGCUUGCUGCGCCUUGUGCCGGAGGUUGCCCCCGGCGACAGCGGCGGCAGAGCCGGCGGCGCGGAAGCGACGGUGGAAGACCGCGUUGGCUCGCCGACGAGGGGAUACGUGAACCUCGACAGCAAGGAUUCCGCCCUGGCGCCCGGGCAGUUCGCGGCCUUCUACCUAGGCGGCGAGUGCGUCGGGUCCGGGGUCAUGUGCGGCUGGUCCGCUGCCGCGGCCGCCGCCGUCGGCGUCGUCGCCGGUGGCGAGGGGGGGAUCGCCGCCGGCUUGGAGUCGGAAGGGGGGUUGGCGCUUCGCCGGCUGGAGGAGGAACGCGGUGGUGUGUUGGAGCGCCGAGGCACCGCUUCGGCGGCGGCUCCUGCUGCUGCCAUCAGGCAAUAGCGCAGGCUGGUGGCCACGGCGGGGGGGACGCCCGGCUUACGCUUAACACUUUUUUGGCGAUGGUCGUAUGGUUGGGUGAAUUUGUGGUCUUAUCUCUCUCCAACAGUCCGGCGAGAGGAACAUUAAGGUUGACUAUUUUGUGGGUGGGUGGGUGGGUUAGCCCAAAGCAAGACGGGACAAAUGCUUGGUGUAGUAUGGGUCUCUUGCGGGUCUAGCCCACGACCAUCGAAUAAAUACGCCUGCUCGUGUUUGAGCAUGCGUGUGGGUACCGUUGUUUACGUGUCCGAGGGCUUUCCGAGUAGCUGUAGUGCCUUUUGUCCGGUCGGAUCCACUCUCUGUGUACAUUCCUACCUAGCGCGCUAUGCUGUCGGUGUGAAGUGAAAUGAACGCGAUAUCUCUUU